UUUACGUUAGUGAGUCUUGAAGGGUGACAGCCCAAUGCUAGACUGCACAGGAUACCGCACUUAAAAAAAAAUAAAACAAAAAAUUAUUACACGUACCGGCAUUUCUGCGCACUGUAUUAAUGUAACAUUUUAAGCAUGGUUGCGGAGUUUUUAGUGAUGUUGUAUGAGUAUUCUCCUCUCGUUUACGUUACUGUCAUAGCAGUAUGUUUCAUUAUCACUGUGGCUGUUGUGUUGGGCUGGUUUGGAUUUGAUGUCCCGGUCAUUUUACGCAGUUCAGAUGAGACUGAAUCUCUAAUACCUGUCAAUGAGAGGAAGAUGGUGCAGGUGACCAAUCCCAUCGCUUUGGAGAUGGACUCUAGGGCUGGUACAGUAACUGAGGGUGUGAGUUUGCGGCCGUAUUGUCUUGAAGACUGCAUCCUGAGCUGUUUUUGGGGUUGUGGGGUCCAGGCUCUCCAGGCGGCCCUUCAGAGGCACCAGUGUGGGCUCCGGCUCAGCACACCAGAGCUCUUUCAAGAGGCUCUGGAAUUAAACUACCAUCACCACCAAAGCUUCAA